AUGAGUGAUUCUAAACUUCGAGAUCACAUGGACGAUGAUGAGGAUGAAAUCCACGCAUCCAACCGAGGCCAUGAUGAAGAAGGAGAAGAUGAAGGAAGCGGAAGCGAUGUUGGCGUUGGUGAUAACGAUGAUUCAUCCGAAGAAGAAGAAGAGGACGAUGAAGAGGAAAUGGAGAGAGUUCGAAAGGGAUUCAUUGUUGAUGACGAUGAUGAGGACGAAGAAGAAAACGUUGAAGAGUCAUCGAAAAAACGUAGGAAGAAGAAGAGAAGAAGACCAACUGCUUCGGUAUCUUCAGACGAAGGCAAUGAAGCUGAAGACAGAGAGAGGAGCAGUCACGCAAAUGAUGACGAAUUAGACCAAGAUGAUUUGGAUUUGUUGUUGGAAAAUACUGGUGGUUACCGACGAGAACAAGAAAAAAGAUUCAAGCGAUUGAAACGUGCCGAAGGUGCUGAUGAGGACUCUGGAAGAUCAUCUCGAAGAUUGACGGAUAUAUUUUCCGAUGAAGAAGAAGAUCGUGCAGAAGAUGACGAGGAUCUAGGGCAGACCAGGUCGCGGUUACCGGCUGAUGAGUUUGAUGACUUUAUUGAGGAGGAUGAAUUCUCCGAUGAGGAAGCUCGUCGUCAAGAAGAAGCAGAGAUUCGUACAGGCCGACCAACAAAAUCUUCUCGGGGUCCUGCUGCACUCAGCAGUCAGCUAACUGGUAUCGACGAGGACAAGCUUGGUGAAAUCUAUGAAGUAUUUGGAGAUGGUGAAGAGUAUGAAUGGGCUUUGGAAGGUGAAGAUGAUGCUGUGCUUUCAGGUGGCGAAGAAAAUGACUACGGCGGCCGCGAAGGAAGCGGUAGAGAAAAGUCUGGCGCACCAGAGCUUAAGGACGUUUUUGAACCAAGUGAAUUAUCUGCAAGGUUGUUGACUGAUGAGGAUAAUGCCAUUAGAAUAAAGGACAUUCCUGAAAGAUACCAACUGCUUCGCUCCGUUUUGAAGUUUGACUACAACCUUGGUGAAGAAGAUUUUGCCGCUGAGCAGCAAUGGGUUGCUGACAAGCUAGUGGCUGCCAAACCAUUAGUAUUUAUUGCGAAACCAUAUCUUCGAGAACCAUUUAUCAAGGCUGUACAUAAAGUUGUUGAGUUUGUUUCUCGAGACCAUCUUGAGGUUCCAACUAUUUGGACUCAUCGUCGUGAUUAUCUUAUUUAUACACACUCAACUCUUAAACGUGAGAAUGCAUAUGAGUCGAGCAGCUCUACCACUACUACUGAUAACCUGUUAAGUUUAGAUGAUUUAUGGAAGAUAGUACACUUGGACAUUGAGUUUCAUGGAUUGGUGGAAAAAAAGAACUCCGUGGAUCGUUUGUUCAAAUCAUUGGAUGUGCAUGACUCUGCCUUCGAAUCAAUGUUUGAGCAAGCUAAGACUUUGGUUGAGUACCAAGAUUUGACAGAUUAUCUUCAAUUCCGUUAUUCUUCACAAAUCAAAGAUCACAUAUCGACUACAAAGUUUGACGAGGACAAUCUGAAUGGCAAUGGUACUACCACUAAGCGCCACAGUAGAUUUGCGAGAUUUGAAAGAAUCAGAGAGGGUCCUAUUUAUAGCAUUGUAAGAGCUUUCUCUAUCACCGCCGAUCACUUGGGUGAAAACAUCAUGUCCGAUCAAAGGCUUUUCUUUUCUGAAGACCCACCAGAGAGACCCGAAGAAUUGGCCGAGCAAACUACAAAGGAGACUGAAAGCAUGACUGCCGAAUAUAUUCUUGAUUCUGCGCGGUCGAUGGCAGCAGAAGAAAUCUUUUAUGAUCCAAAAGUCAGGAAGAGUAUACGUGAUAAAUUUGCCCAGCAAGCCAAAGUUGAUAUUAUUCUGACGGAUAAAGGAAGUAAGAAGAUCAACGAUGCCAGUCCAUAUAUUGACUUCAAAUAUGCUAUUAACCGAGGAUUUGAUGAGCUUCGUCUAAAACCCGAUUUGUAUCUACGGAUGCUUCAGGCGGAGACAGAGGGUUUGGUUAUUGUGAGAAUCAGUUAUCCAGACUAUAAGACUACUCUGUUUGAAAAGAUCCUCACCCGUUUCUUUAUGUCUGAUAAUGUCUCUGAUAUUGCAGCUGCUUGGAAUUCUAACCGUAGAAUUGUUCUUAAGGAGGCUUCCCGCAAGUUCGUCCCCCUUAUCUGCCGUAAUAUUAAAGAAGAUCUUAAGACGGACUGUUUGAGAUCUCUUUACUUUGAUUUGAGGAAGUCAUUUGGCGAAAAACUUAAUCAGGCACCAUACAAACCACCAGGUUAUGUUGCUGGUACUACAGCCAGAAUUCUUGCUAUUUCACCCGGUAUGGGCGAUUUUAGCAAAGAUGCAGUUGUUGCAGUUCUAGUUGACGAGGAGGGCCAGGCUGUUGAGUCUGUUAAGUUUGGAAACCCUAGACAUGUUGAGUUCCGUCAGCAGUUCAUUGAUUUGGUUAAGCGACGGACCCCUGAUGUUAUCGGAAUAGCUGGUUUUACAGUGAAUUGUUCAAAGCUUUUUCAAAUUCUUCAAGACAUUGUAAAGGAAGAAGAGCUUGUACCUGGUGGAGAUGCUGAUGAGGCUGAUAAUUCACUUCUUCAAGUUGUCUGGGUACAAGAUGAAGUUGCAAGACUAUAUCAGCACUCCAACCGUGCUCUUACUGAAUUUCCAGACCAAGCUACGUUAGGCCGUUAUUCUAUUGCUUUAGCUCGUUAUCUUCAGUCACCAUUGUGUGAAUACGCUGCGCUUGGCAAGGAAAUUUCGGCCAUUACAAUCCAUCCAUCGCAGAGUCUACUUCCUGAGGAAUUAUUCCAAGAGGCGAUUGAUUCAGUUUUCGUGGAUUACGUUAAUCUUGUUGGUUUGGACGUCAACGAAGUAGUUCGAAACCAGUACAUGGCUAAUUUGCUACCUUAUGUUUCUGGAUUGGGGCCACGUAAGGCAUCAGGAAUCCUGCAAAGUAUUCAAAGCCAUGGAGGUCAAAUUGCAAAUAGAGCUGAGCUUGUCACUGCGCACAUCACAACCAAAAACAUUUUCUUCAACUGUGCUAGCUUCCUAAGAAUUGCAUAUGAUAAGCGAACUCUCAAAAAUGAAGAUACCGAGCCACUAGAUGCAACUCGUAUUCACCCAGAAGAUUAUGAUCUCGCACGUAAAAUGGCUGCAGAUGCAUUGGAACUGGAUGAAGAGGAUCUAGUACAGCUGGAGAAUACGUCUGGUGGUGUAAUCGCUCAACUUCUUAGUGAUGACUUGGAAAAAUUGAACGAGUUAAUUCUCGAGCAAUACGCUGAGCAGUUGGAGGAGAAGUAUAAUCGUAAGAAGAGUCAUACUCUGGAAUUGAUUAGAGAGGAACUCCAUAAUCAUUUCUCAGAGAAACGAGCAUCACUUGCAGCAUUGACUGAGUAUCAGAUUUUCACUAUGUUGACUGGUGAGACUCAGCAAAGUUUACAUAACAACAUGGUUGUCCCUGUUGUUAUUCGUCGUGCUAAUGAUCGUGGCCUUACUGUUCAAUUGUCAAAUGGUAUCGAAGGUGAAGUAGAUGGUCCCGAUAUGGUUGAUGACACUUCGAUUUCCCAUCCAAGCAAGUUAUUCACUUUCGGUCUAACUAUCCAAGCGGUGAUCUUGAACAUUGAUUAUAAAAACUUCACGGCUAAGCUUAGUACCAGGAAGAAGGAUAUUCAAUCCGCUUUGGACAAAGCCAAGUGGAGUAAGGGUAGAGACAACAAGAAGUGGAAUGUUGCUGCUGAAGAAGCUGACAGGCGGAAGAUUGAACUUAAACAGGAGCAAGAAAAGCGUUCCAGUCGUAUUAUCAAGCAUCCCUUGUUCAGACUCUUCAAUAGCAAACAAGCGGAAGAGUAUCUUGCCCCACUCCAGCGCGGUGAUUUAGUGAUCCGACCCUCAUCCAGAGGUAAUGAUCAUAUUGCCAUAACGUGGAAGAUCUCUGAAAUGCUAUUCCAGCAUCUAGAUGUUGUCGAGCUCGAUAAGCCAAACGAGUAUUCUCUCGGAAGGACACUUCAAGUCGGCAAGUCCAGAUACAGUGAUCUCGAUGAACUUAUUAUCAUGCAUGUUCAAGCCAUGGCCAGAAAGGUUGAUGAAAUGGUUGCCAGCGAUAAGUUUCAAAAAGGGUCGCGCGCAGAGGUUGAGAAAUGGUUGACUGCUUACACUGAUGCGAGUGCCAACCGAUCUGUCUAUGCAUUUUGCUUUGAUCACAAACAUCCGGGUUAUUUCCUGCUAUGUUUCAAGACUAAUAGACAGACGCCUGUGCAAACAUGGAAUGUCAAGGUCAUUCCUAAUGGUUUUGAGCUCAUGAACAAUAGUUAUGCCGAUGUUCCAUCCUUGAGUAAUGGUUUCAAGAAAAUUUUUAUGUCCAGAGUCGCUGCUGGUGGAACUAGGCGUUAA